AUCUAUAAUUAGAUGGUAGUCCUAGAUUUUACAUAAUUACAUAGGACUGCAACAGUUGACGGUUAGAAUAUCUAUCUGAGUUACAGAAGCACUGGGCACUAGUCUCCCAACAAUUCUUUCUCUACAUGUUGUCUUUAGAACGAAGGAAGAAACAUGGUCGUCAACCCCAGUCGAACCCAAUACCUUUGAAUAUUGUUGGAACUGAUAGUGGCAUCAAUGGCAGUCAAGAUAUUGAUGAAGAGAGAAAAGGAAUAUCAUUUGUUGAAUUACAAAAGAAAGAAGGAUGUGGAUUAGGAUUAACUGUAUCAGGUGGCACUGAUAAGGGAUGUUUAGCACAGGUUUCUAAUUUACGACCAGGUGGAAUAGCUCACAGAUCUGAUGCUCUGGCUUUAGGAGAUUAUAUUAUAUCAGUAAAUGGUAUUCGUACAGCUAAUCUGAAACAUGAUGAAAUUAUUAACCUUUUAAAAAAUGCUGAGGAAAUGCUUAUAUUGGAGAUUGAAUAUGAACUACCUGAGUCUGCAUUAAAUUCAUUUUCUGUACAUAGUAAAUGUCAGGAUGUGACUUUACCUAAAGAAGGAACAGGAUUUGGAUUUUUAUUACGUGGUGGUAUGUUUAUAGAUACAAUGAAAGCUCAUCCAUUAAUUGUUACUAAUAUUAGACCUGGUGGACCUGCUGAUCGAGAAGGGUCUAUAAAAGAAGGAGAUCGUAUAAUAGCUAUGAAUGGUUAUAGAGUUACACAUCUUAGUUUAAUGGAGACUAUGACAUUAAUACAUCAAGUAGAACAAGAAGCAACAUUUAGUGUGGAAUAUGAUGUCUCUGUUAUGGAAGCUGUACAAAAUGCUAAUGGACCACUAUUAGUAGAAAUAGAUAAAAGUCCUGGUUCAUCAUUAGGUAUAAAUCUGUCUCAGAGUUCUCAUAUGGGCAGACGAUGUGUUUGUGUGGAUUGUAUUCAUUCAAUGAGUGUAGCUGAUAGAAGUGGUGCUCUUCAUGAAGGUGACCAUAUUCUGUCAAUAGAUGGAGCUAGUGUUGAACAUAUGUCUGUAGCCGAGGCAACCCAGUUAUUAAAGGCUGGUAAUUCAGAACAAAUCAGAUUAGAAAUUCUACCUGUAUCACAUUUACAACAUCAAGCAAAUCGUGAAUAUAUGGCUAAAAAUGCUCUAUUACCUGCUUGUUCCACUGCUACACUUCCAUCUAUAUCUCCCUCUUCUUCAUCCUUUAAUGGCUUUGGCUCUAUGCCUGGGUUUGCCAGAUCUUCUCUUAGUGUUGCCAACAACCAGUAUGGUACCCUUUGUAGUGUUGUCAACAACAACAACCAAUAUGGUACCCUUAGCUCUAAAGGUUCUGGUAGAAGCAAGAGAAAUUGGUUACGACCUGCUGAUAGAAAACCAUCAUCGUGUAUGUCCAUAGCAUCUGCUGCGACAUCUGUACUAGUCUCUAACAACCAGGUUUGCCAUCCAGAAUCAACAGAAAUUGUAUUAUUUACGGAUCAUCAUCGUGGUAUUGGUCUACAAUUAGAUGGUGGUAUAUUCUCUACAGCUGUAUUAACAGAUCCUCCAUUAGUAGCCAUGAUAGAACCAAACAGUCCAGCUGAAAAAUGCGGUUUAAUACAAGUUGGUGAUAGAUUGUUAUCUGUUAAUGGUAUUCAUGUAGCUGAUAAAAUAUUAGAUGAAGUCAAUCAACUAUUGCGUGAUUGUCGUCCAAGAUGUGUUCUAGAAAUAGAAUUUGAUGUGACAGAAUCGGUAACAAUGAGUUCUGGUACAUAUUGUGUCAAGAUUCCGAAACCUGCUGGAGGACUUGGCAUGACUAUAAAUGCUCCAUUGAGAAGAAAAAUAGGAGAUCCAUUAAUUAUUACAAAUGUUAAAAAGGCUAGUGUGGCAUAUAGAUCUGGCUCUGUACAACCAGGUGAUCAUUUAUUGGCUAUUAAUGAUAUCAGGACAGAACAUUGUUCAGUAGAAGAUGCUGCCCAUCUAUUGCAGAUGUCAGAAGAUAUAAUCAAAUUAAAAAUCAAACGAGAAGAUCCGUAUACAGUUGAAGGUAGUGCUGAUAGUGUAACUUAUACAGUAGAAUUACAGAGAUUUGGUGGACCAUUAGGUAUAACUAUAUCUGGUACAGAAGAUCCCAUGGAUACAAUAUAUAUAUCACAUCUUAUUGAAGGGGGAUUAGCAGAAAGAACUGGUGCUAUACGUGUAAAAGAUCAUUUACUGGCUAUAAAUGGUAAAUCAACGAAAUAUAAGAGAUUAUCAGAAGCUAUAGAAAUGUUGCAGAAUGCAGGAGAUGUUGUUACACUUAAAAUAUCUCGUAAAAUGACAGAUAAAAAAAAUCAUAGUAGAAACCAUGGUGGUAAUAAAAGUGAUUUAAGUAAACCACCUACUCCAAGUAUGGAUAGUGCUCUAGAAUCAUGGGAUAGUUCAGGACCAGAAAUGGGAAGUGGCAAUAUUGGCAAUAUUAAUCAACCCAAGUUAAACUCGGCAUCAAGACAAAAAUUACCAGAAAAACGCAGAAAGUCAGAUUAUCGUCCAUUUUCUGGUGAAUCUAGUAAUGAUGCUGAAGGAAGUGGAGAGGGCUUGGCCGACUUACAGAUGUCAGAUGGUGAAUGGGACAACCACUCAGACAGCAAUCACAGUUUUUCUAGUAGUAACCAGGAAGAGGAUUGGGUGGGAACAUUUGAAGAUUUCAUGCAUGGAUCCGGUUCAGAAAUGUUAAAACAAAUAGGACUUAGUUUACGUGAUCGUAGCACAGCAAGUUUAGAUCGUAGAUCUCGAGCUUCAGAGCCCAGCGACCGUUAUUCUAGAUCAAAAAGUGCUGGACGAUUUGGACGUAGUGCUAUAUCCCAUGACUCUCUAAGUCUUAGUAACCAAAACUCACGAAUAUCAAAUCCAGUGUCUGGUGGGAAAUCUAUAAGUGAACAUGUUCAGACAAUAUUUACACCUACCCCUAUACAGUUACAUCGUAUAACUGUGGUUAAAUCAUAUGCUACAGAAGAUUUUGGAUUUGGUUUAUCAGAUGGUAUGUAUGAGAAAGGUGUGUUUAUUAGUGGUGUAAGGCCUGGUAGUGCUGCUUCUAAAGCUGGUUUAAAGGCUUUUGAUAGAAUCUUACAGGUGAACCGACAUAAAACUAAAGAUUAUGACUGUAGUUUAACUGUACCUCUGAUAGCAGAAUCUGGUAAUAAAUUACACAUGAUUGUCUGUCGAAAUCCUUUAUUACGCCACCGUCCUACUGGUUGUCAAGAUAAAAACUCUGUCGUCAAGGAUGAUCGUCUUUAUAUGAAUGCCAAGGAAGAUCGCCUUUAUGUGAAUGCCUAUGAUACAACAGGAGCCAGUGACACAUCAAAUAAAACAGUGUGAUGGGAAUGUGAUUUGAUUUUGUUUUCUGACUGCCAUUGUUGAUUUUCUUUUAUUAUUUACUAGUUGGGUAAUAUGACAUUUUGUAUUAUUUCACACUGUUUAAUUUAUUGCCACCAUACAAUAUCUGCCAAAAUUUAUUUUCACAUUAAGUUUCAUUCGUAGAAUUUAGAUUGCAAUCUGCUUUGCCUUGUUUGAUAUUAUUUUUUGUUGUUUUAUACAUUACAUUUUUGAUGCUUUAUUGCUAAGUGAUAUGAUUUACUGCUGAUUAGCUUUCUAUUCCAUUUUGCGAUUUUUUUUCAGUUUUUUUUCUUCGGUGAUUCAGAUUUAUGAUUGAUUUAAAAAUUGUAUUCAUAAUUCUUAUAUUUGUGUAAAUUGAAUAUUUUUGAUACUAGUUUAAGAUAAUUUCAGCUUUUGUCAUGGAUAAUAGUUAUGUCUAGCAGACUCUAAAUAAUGCAUUAUUAGUUAUAAAACAAUAUGUAUAUAGUGUGAAUGAACUGUUAACCAUUUGUGUCUUAGAAAAAUUAUAAAAUACUCAUUCAAGCUUAGCCUCUCACAUUAAAUUUUAAAAUAGAGGAUUUGGCUUAUUACUGACAAAGAGUAAGGUCACCUGUCCAACAUUGUGGUGGGUUUUCUCUGCUUUUCUUCCACUGCUAAAGACCUCUAUGCGCAAGCAAAUUAUUGAAAUAAAAUAGAAACAUGUUAGUCCCGAAAUACAGUUUCUGUCAUGUGGAUGCGCUCUCGCUCGCUCUCUCUCUCUCUCUCCAGUGUGUAAUGCCAUCAGUCUAGUGAUGGUGUGUUUAUUUAAAUUAAUCUAUAUUGCCAACAAAAUGACUACUUCAAGCAAUAAAUUUAUUAUAUUACAGUUUUCAGAAGAUAAUUUGUAUUGUUGCUCAUUUGAGGAUUUUUUUUUAAAACAACAGGCAAGGAAAUAGUUACAAUUUCAUGCAAACAUGUUUAGUAAUCUUCUCACAUUUCGAGAAAGAUUUCUAUAAUUAUUGGGAGAAGAUUGCUUGUAAGAUCUUACAUGUACUUGCAAAUGAUAUUUUGAGUUAAAAGUUAAUUAUGGAGAUAUAAUUUUCAAGAUGAAUAAAAUAUUUUCUGCUACAUACUUACGAUCAAAGAAGAUAAAUGGAUUUUGAACAUAUACACAUGCCACAUGAAUCUAAUUUAUUGAUCAAUUAUUUUAACUCAUUAUAUAUAGUACAGCAAAUCAUUGUGAUAUAUUCUCAGUCAGUUAAUGGUGAUAACUUUGCUUUGUGUUCGUCCAUGGUAUUUUAUGAUAAAUAUGCAAUUAAAUAUAUUUAAAGUUGUUAAAAUAAUCCCUGCAUAUCAAUAGGUUUCUUUAGAUUUGUGGUAUAUAGUUAAUAAACUAAAUUUAGCUACCUCGUCUUGUAGAUCAUAUAGUAAUCUAAUCAUGUUACAUAGUAGGCUGUGCAUACAUUCAUUAUAUUAUUAUUUAAUACCCAUUUAUACAUUUAAACUAUAUGUAUAUAUACCUAUAUCAAAGAAAUUUUAUUUUUAAAUCUUGGCUGAACAAAUACUCUUUAAUCCCCAAUGAAAAACAGAAAAAAAAACCCAACAAGAGAUCAUGAGUAAUUAUUAUAGUUAGUAUAUAUAGGGUAUUGUACAAUGUAUUUACUGUUAUGAUUUUUAUAUCACUGGUCAUCAUGUUCUCUGUCUAGUUAACCCGUAGACAAUAACUGAAGAGAUUAUCGGGAAUAUAAGUUAUUGAUGUGUUUUUCACGUGAAAUUGUAGAUAUUUGUAAAUUUUAUGUAAUUUAUGUAUUUUAAAUUUGUAUAUUACUAGAUGUUCUCUAUUGACUAAGAUGAUAAUAUUAUUAUUUAUAUAGAUAUAAAUUAACAUUCAUGCUAUUA